AUGCAUCGUGGCUUGAGAAAUAUCUACCGUACCAUGUCGUCAACCUCCGCCGCCUCGUUCAGCUCGAGCAGCUUCAGCACCGUUCGGUCGCCCGUGCUUAAUCAUCUUCUGGCUGCUGUCGAGCGAUUGACACCCCUGCAACUCGCGGGAUCAUGGGACAAUGUCGGCGUUAUGAUCGAGGCACCUUAUCCUCGUCAGGAAAUUAAGGGAAAGAAGCAAGUGUUGACCUGUAUCGACCGUGAGUGAACUCUCGACGUUAUCGCUCGCACAUGCCUCCUGUCAGUUUCCCAUGCACAGCAUGCUGAGCUAUCUCACCAUCGUCUACAGUGACAACAGCCGUGACAGAAGAAGCUCUGUCGUCGUCAUCGACCGCGGCGGUGUUGACGUACCACCCGCCCAUCUUCUCUGGCCUCAAAUCCAUGACGCUCGCCGUACCUCUCCAAGCAUCCCUCCUCCGACUUUCAGCACAAGGGAUUCCCGUUGUCUGCAUCCAUACCGCUUCCGAUUCGUCGAUCGGAGGCGUCAACGAUCAUAUCGCCAGCGCCUUCACGUCGGAUCUACGAGCGACGAGCAAGGCGAUUGAGGAGAGCAAGGAACAACCAGAAGGGCACGAGGGUUGCGGUUUGGGAAGGUUGGUCACGCUCGAUCACGCGUUGGAUAAGGACGAAGUGGUGAAGAGGAUCAAGGACACAUUAAAUUUGGAACACGGUGAGUGCAGAGUUGCCGGCCCGGGCCAUCUCAUUCCGAAGUGGAGGCUUGCGAAGUGGUGGUGCAAAAGCUGAUCCUGAUGGAGGCCUCUUCAUACUCUUUUCGCUCAUAGUGCAAGCGGCAUGGGCACCGAAUGGAGCUGAAAAGAUCAAGACGAUCGCCAUCUGCGCCGGUAGCGGUGAGUUCGUGGACCUUCUCGAUCCUGCGACUGGACUUGCUCGAGACUGAUCCGCGAGCCCCAUCGUCUCCUCUCCACAUCCAGGCUCCUCCGUACUCUCCGGUGUCAAAGCGGACCUCUACCUCAGUGGUGAAUUCGACCACCACGCCACCCUGCUUUGCAACGCCAAGGGCAUCCAUGUCAUCUUGACGAACCACUCGGCGUCUGAACGACCGUGGCUCAAGCCUUUUGCCCCUCGGUUGGCCAAGGCGAUGAAUGAGGAGGCUGGAAGGGACGAAUAUGAGGUGCUUGUUAGUAAGGCUGAUAUAGAGCCGCUGAGUGUUGUGUGA